AUGCGCCGCCCAAUACCUAAGGACAGAACGGCCGCAGCGUUUGUAGACUACGCCAAAGCAUUCGGCAGAGUGGGGAAUGAUAAAAUCGUAUUCGAAAUGCGACGGCUUGGCAUACCACAACAUAUAGCGCGGUGCUCUGCAUUCCUUCUGCGCAAUAGGGCGGCAGUAGCUCGCGUAAAAAAGGUGCACUCCUUGACGCUGUCCUUCGCGAGAGGUGUACCACAAGGCGCGGUUCUUGGGUCACUCAUGUUUAUUAUUGUCAUGAAUUCUCUCAGCAUCCAAUUAGCUGAAGUCCCGCUACUAUGCCACGGCUUCUUUGCGGAUGACCUCACCCUGAUUGCCUGA